AUGCGCAUGAACGCAUGCAUCUGGAUGCAUGUGUUCUCAUUCUCGUUCUCGGUCCCGGAUGCACGCAUCUGCAUGCACCCAUGCGGCAUCGAGUGCAUGUCGCUCCUGCCUCUCCGGAACUUGAGGGUCCGCGAUAUGACAGAACGGUUGGACAACAUCCGUCGAGCCUACCACACCCUUGGAGAUCGGGUGAACGUUACUCUGCGAACACAAGUUGGGGAUGUACAGCGAUUGAGAAUUGUACGUUCUCAAGCACUCUCGCUUGCCUCUGCUGCUGAAGUGCACCGCUCUGUCAUUCCUCCGGCUGAACUGGUUCAACUUCGGUCCAACAUUGCUGCCAUUAUUGAGGACCUGGACGCGGCUUCCCAUCGUUCGUCCGAUCCCGCUGAUAGACCCCCUCUCGAGGUCGUCAAGCGAACUCGCACUGGCACGCGGGGCCGCCCAAAGAUCACCAUUGAGCCGGCCUUCUUUAAGUUCGCCAUGGACAUGGGGUCGAACUCGGACCUCAGACGCUUUUUCAACUGCUGUACGAGGACAGUGCGUCGUCGCGCCAUAGAGCACGAACUCAGCAUACUCGGUUUACCCGUGUACACAGAGCUGCAGGCCACGGAUGGCUCCCUGCUUCGUCAGUAUCGCUCAGCCCCAGCCCGUCCCUUGACGUUGUCCGACGAUGGGCUUGACCACGCCAUUGGGAAUAUCCUGGAGGUGUUCCCUCACUUUGGACGUAGGAUGAUCCAUGGCCAUAUCAAGGCUCAGGGUCAAAGUAUUGCACGCAAGCGCAUAGAAGCCUCGUACGAGCAAGUGCUUGGUGCACCGGCCGUCUUCGGUGCUCGACGUCCACUAGUGUGGCGCAAAUAUUCAGUACCUGGCCCACUUUCCCUUGUUCAUCAUGAUGGACAGCACGGGCUCAUCCACUUCAAACUCAUUACACAUUGCUUCAUUGACGGCUAUUCGCGCCGUGUACGGGGGGACCAUGGCACCGAGAAUCUCGGCGUAGCGCAGUGGAUGGAGGAAAAUAAGGGUUUAGAUCGGGGAUCAUACAUCUGGGGCCGGGGCGUUCAUAAUACCCGGAUUGAACGUUUAUGGGUUGAUGUGACCUCCGGGUACGGUGAGAAGUGGCUUGUAUUUUUCUGUCAGCUCGAGAUACACUGGGGGUGGGACAUCCACAACCCUGACCAUGUGUGGCUACUUCACCAUCUAUUCCUACCCGCCAUCAACCAACAUGCUUUGGAGUGGGCAGAGGCAUGGAAUGCACAUCGUAUCUCAAUGCAGGAUUCUCGUCCCCGAAGCCCACGGGAUAUGUUCACCUUUGGGAUGGUCCAGGAAGGCCCACGUGGACUCGAGCAAUUCUUAGAGCCAAUUGAUGACCUUACUGGCGAGUCCCUAGACGAUUUUGGCAUUGAUUGGGGCACCUAUCGGGAUGACAGAAUCAUGUCACAUUUUUUUGAGCACAACCCCAUUGAAAGUGCAACAUUUACCCCGAGUCUUGUGGAACUGAGUCAACCAACCGCGCAUGAGGAGAAGACUUUGACGGAGGCGGAGAAACAGGUGACAGCGCUCCGCUGGCAACCAAUCUUGCAACGUCUUGAUCUGUUUGCAAGUACACGUGGCGUACAGCGGAGUCAUUACGAGUAG